AUGUCCGACUACAUGUACGACGACCGUCCGCGUCGGUCGCAUCGUACGCAGCCGCAGUACGUCGAAGAGACCUACAUCCGUCACGCCCCAGGAAGAGCACCCCAAGAGUUAGUUCUCCGCCCGCGCGACGACAGCAUCGAAGACAUCCCUCGCAACUUCCCGCCACCAGGCGCUGAGCAACGCAGACCUAGAUACCGCGACGACUACGGCCACCCACCACAGCGCGCCCGCUCCGUCGGCCGCCGCGAAUACGACGACCCGUACUACAAUGACUACGGCGCUGGCGGCUACGCGCGAGGCGGCGGCCGCGGUCCUCGCUCCCGCUACGACGACGACGAUGGGUACCUCUCCGACCGGCCGCGCAACCGUCGCAGGCCGUCCGUCGGCGACGCGCUGAAGGAAGCUGCCAAGGCCGCCGGGCUGGGUGGUGUCGUCGGCGCCGUGACGGGCCAGCGUGAGAGAAGCAGGAGCCGACAUCGCCGCGAUGACAGGUACGAUGACCGACGCCACGACGACCGACGGUACGACGACCGGCGCAGUCGCUACAGCGAUUCCUCCCGCAGCCGAAGUCGGCAUCGCGGCGGAGGCGGAAACGAUAGGUGGCAGCAGGCCGCCAAGGCAGCCGCCGUCGCCGCCGCCGUCGAAGCGUUCCGCAGCCGGAAGGAGCCCGGUUCGUGGACUGGCGAAAAGGGUCAACGCAUCGCGACAGCCGCGCUCGGUGCUGCCGGCAUCGACAAGCUAGUCGGUGGCGGCGGCGACGAGCAUUCCACGCGAAAUGUCAUCGGCUCGGCUAUUGGCGGUCUCGCCGUCAACCGCGUCGCCAACGGAGCUAGAGAUCGUGAUGGCUCCGGCUCACCCGGCGGACGAUCACGGUCGCGCUCCCGCUCUCGCAACCCAUUCAGCCGCAGCCGCUCGCGAGGGCGCUCCCAAUCCCGCGGCCGUGGAAGCGAUGGCGGAGCCGGCGGCGCUGCCACUGCGGGCGCUCUCGCAGCAGCCGGCGCCGUCGCAGCCGCCGGCAAGGCGCUCUACAACCGCGUGCGCUCCAAAUCCCGGCGCCGCUCCCGCAGCUCCAGUGCAGACAGCUACGUCCCCUCGCGCGGGCGACGCUAUAAGAGCAACAACAAGCGCUCCGGGCGCUCGGAUGACGGAUACGAAGGAACAGGCGCGCAUCCGGGCGCAGGAAUGUUAGCCUCCCGCGAGAACCCCGAGAUGCGUCAGAUGAGACAGCGAGAUAACGCCCGCCGAGGCACUAGUUCGAGCUCGGAGAGCACGACGGACAUGGAGCAGAAGCGCAAGCGCAUGCGAGGUAAGGAAUUCCUUACAGCAGGUGUCGCGACGGUGGCGACGAUCCACGCGGCGCACGGCGUGUAUUCGAGCAUGGUGGCGAGCGAAAACAGGCGCAAGCUCGUGGCGGAGGGCAAGUUGUCGGCGGAGGAGGCUCGGAAGCGCAAGAGCAAGAACGCGCUGCAGGACGCCGCGGCCGUGGGCAUUGCGGCGCUGGGCAUCAAGAGCGCCUUCAGCGAGUGGAAGGAGAUGAACGAGCAGAGGCACGAGAUCCAGGAGCUCGAGGCCAAGCGGCGCAAGAAGAGGAAGCAGCGAGAGCGCAGAGAGAGGCAGCAGCGCACGGGCAUGGGGUUCCAGAACCAGAACCAGAACCAGGCUAACCCUUAUGGUGCGCCAGGAUAUGGCGGCUAUGGCGGCCCGGCUUAUGCGGAUGCCAAUCCGUACUCUGCGGGCAACCUGCCGCCGCCGCCCAUGGGUGCGCCGCCGGCGAGAUACUGA